CGUGAGUUUAUUUUAUCUGUCAACCUCCCAGAUCAUAAAUGUCAGGGGGCAGGGCUAAGUGAACUGGUUUGUGUUUGUAUAAAACAAGCAGCGGUUAGUAGAUCACCCACAGAGCUUUCCAAACCAAAUCUAUCCCAUAAGGGCAUAUAUGACAGCUUUGACCACACAGUUUUUAUUGGGUUUCUUGCAUGGAGCACUGUUCAGAACCUGUGAUACAUAAAUUAGAACAGGAGCAACUAUAAUAAUUUUUAUUUCAUAAUUUUUAAAGGCAAUUGAAUUUUUUUUGUUGACAAUUGUUUUCAUUGGAAUGUCUAUACUAAACUUAUUUAGGACAUUCCUGGCUUACUAUGAGCACCAAAGAUCCUAUAAGUAAUGUAACAAUUACAAUAAAUAAACAUAUUAAAUGACCAGAAAGAUCCUCCUGGUGUUUUCAUAUCGAAAGGAAAGCAUUUCCCCCCACCUUUAUUGCUUUCGAGUGCUUUUGUGACUAUCAUGCUUUUAAUUUGAAAAGGCUCAUCCGUUGAUCUUCUGUAACUAGGCAACAAAACGCUUCCCUCCAAGUAGCAGCCAGACAGAACAGACAAAAACUUUUGGUAGGAAUAAAAUUAGAAAGAGCAAAUAUCGAAUAGAGCUUAAAUGUGUUGUUUUUCUGUUACUAUUUGGCCUACAGUUAAUUUAGGGCAAGGAUAACAAGGAGAAGGCUUAUAUAAGUACCAAAAGGUAAGGUUAAGCAUAAUGGAGCCACCCACAAGCUAUGAAGCUGAAAAGCACCCAGUAGUGGGACAAGAACAAGACAGGGGAGAAGCAGGUAAGGAUAAAGAAAAGGAAAACUCUGACAUACCGAGGAGGACUGGGCAGUCUCAAGUCUACACUGCAACUAGAGACACACUUUUCUCAAAGAAGACAACUGAUGCUGAAGCACAUGUACUGUCACUAGAUUUCAUCUGUGGCAUGAGCCCUGCUCUUCCCGUUUUCACUCUGCAAGACCAGGAUGAGCUGGUUUUGCUCUAUGCUGCGGCUCAUGUUGGGAUUAUUUACAAUCACACCUCAAAGUCCCGGCACAUGCUUAAGGGGCACUCCCACUCCAUUUCAUCUAUGUGUGUGAGUGAAGACAGACGCUGGAUUGCAACAGCAGACCGGGGACCAAAUGGCAUGGUGAUCAUAUGGGACUCCUACUCUGGUAUUCCUGUGAACACGUUGUUUGACUGUCACCCUGACGCCGGUGUCAUAGCAAUAGUGUUUUCAAGCGACACAAAACAUCUGGCAACACUUGGGACAGAAGAAUUUCAACGUGUGUGCAUUUGGGACUGGACCAAUGAAUCAGAACAGCCUUUGUGGUUUACCGAGCUCAAUCCUAAAUAUGGUUUUCAGGAUUACAUCAUGUUUAGGCUGAAGAAUAGCUCUCAGCUGCUCAGCAGCAGUGAAAGUCAUGUGUUAUUCUACAGCAGCGCAAGUGGAAGUCUGCAGUACACUGACCUGAAGUUCAAGAAGUUCAAUAAGGAAACCAGUGGUGCUGCUGAAUUUACUUUGGACCGUUCUGAAAAAUUUGGUGUGGCAAAUAUGUCUCUCAGUCGGUCUGUGUUUCACUGGGAAGAGCCUAAGAUCUUAAUAGCCUCUGGAGGUGGUGUUGUUGAGUGGCUUGUGAAAGAAGACACGGCCAAUCGAAUCAACCUCCAGCAACAGCAAAUCACUGUUCUGGCCGUCACCGACAGCUGCAUCGUAACGUGCAAUACUGAAAGCCACAUCUGCUUUUACAAUGGCAAAUUCACCCUGCUCGCUUGGUACACUGAAUUAAAUCUGGAUGCCAUUGUUUCUAUUUCAUUUUCCAAAGAGUGGAUAAGGAGGCAGCAGGAGUACAGACUGGAUUCCAAACCCUUAAUUACCAGGAACUUCACUGUGACCACUGUCAGUCACAGAGUUGUGCAUGUGAACGCAGAGAGCCUCAUCACUCGAAUUGUGCUGGACGAGGAUUAUGAGCCUAUACAUGCACUGACAUGCCACCCCAGUCAGUCAGCUGUGGUCACUGGCAACCAUGGAGGCAUUUUAGAAAUGUGGGACUAUAGCAGCAAAGUACGCAGUGGUAGAAAGGUCUUUAACACAGAGAAGCAGAUUCAGUGUGUCACAUUUGACCCUAAAGGAUUAUAUCUGGCUGUUGGUUUUGCAAGUGGAGCUGUUCACAUACUGAAUGCCAGAACCUUAGAGAGUGAACAAGAGGAAGCUUUACAUUACACCAAAGACAGCAUCCAACUCAUCACCUUCUCCUCAGACUCAAAAUAUCUCGCCACUGCGGAUGCUGGAAAAGCAGUGUCAGUGUUUCACUUGAUCACCAAAGAAGGCUCUUUACCUCAGUGGAUGCAUUUGGGUAGGAUCCACUCUCACUACAAGCCCAUCAAAGAUCUUCUUUUUGGGGUUCACCUGGACAGCACCCAACCCAGACUACUCUCUCUGGGAAUGGACUGCCAACUGGUGGAGUACGACCUGGAGAACAGCAGCAUGGACCGGCUUGUCAUCUUAAGCUCGGAGCGCAUUGAGCAAAGCGGCGUGCCAAUGUGCAUGACUUGGUAUCCUCCCCUAACGGCAGAGCAGUUUCUCCUCAUCAUCACAGAUCAAUAUAAGAUGAGGCUUUUCAACAGCACAACAAAGAUGUGCAGAAAGACCCUUCAAGGCCCAACAUAUGGCUCUCCAAUUAAAAAGAUAGUUGUUCUUCCCAAGUCUGAAAAAGCUGAUACAAACUCAUAUUACCUGGCGUUCAUCACAAUGGAAAAGUUGGGUCUCCAGAUUCUGCCACUGGAUGGGAACCCCUACAAGUCGAAUGCUUUGAUCUGCCAUUCAGCAGGAGUGUCUGCGUUUGCCUGCUCCUAUGAUGGCAGAUUCAUUUUCACUGCAGGAGGAGCAGACUGCACAGUCCUCUCAUGGGAAAUAAACUUGAAUGUGCUUGAGGCAGCAGCCGCUUUGGGCGGAAAGGACAUGGUACCUUUUUACAAUCUCUUAGAGGGAGGACGAGAUGGCAAGUUCUACAGACAGCUAAAAACAACACCGGGUGCCACUUCUGUCUGCUAAGAACAGGAAAUUGAAGCCACAAUUCACACAAGCUCACCAAAAUUGGACAGGGAAGAAAAAACAUCUGAUGUCUAAUGAGUCUCAGGCAGAUGAUGCUCAGCUGAGCACCAACCGACUCCACUCUGCCAUCUAUUCAGCAGUAUGUGGACUAUAAAACAUGGGAUAAUAAAACUCUUGACCAUCUAUAUGCAGACAGCAGGAAUGCAUACAAAGCCCCCGCCCUGCCCCCAGUAGGUAUUUCAGACAACAACCUGGUCCUGUUAAGAUCUCAAUAUGUCCCUGCUCUUCAAAGACUCCAUGUUGCCAUGAAGUCUGUGAUGAGGUGGAUUCAGGAAGAUUGCGAAGUUCUGAUCCAUACUCCCCUUCGACAAUGCAAAGUCGUUGUGUCAUCCCCAUGUGCAAAGCCACAUGGGGAUGACAUCAUCAGAAUCGUGGAUUGUAUCACAAGUUAUAUAAAUUUCUGCAAGGAUACCAUUGUCCUAAACAGCAUGCCCGAUGUUUACCUAAGAACAAACCCUGGAUCACCAUUGACCUGAAAGCCCUAAUGAAUGAAAAAAGAGGGUUUUCAGUUCAGGAAAUAAGAACGAGCAAAAAAGGAUACAGUACUGGACCCCUGUUGCCCCUCCCUACACAGCACCAAUCUUAACACCUCAUCAGCCAUCAAACGUUCUUCCACUUUGUGUUCCUCUGCCUGUCUCAGUGAGAGACAGGAAGUCACUAAACAAACUGCUCUCAAUCAUCCGCUCCACACUACAGAGGGACCAGAGCUCAUUCUCCCUCAGAUUUAGUGCUACCAUAAAGAAUGCUACAGGAAAUAAUUCCCACAGUCCUUUAUAUAACUCUACCAUAACUCUUCUUUUUGUGACAGGUGAACACACCUGUCAGGAUAUAAAAAAAAUUCCAAACAUUUUACACACUUUUUGCACUACCUCAGAUUACCCCUGAGGUAGUUUUACUUUUAGUUUUAACUUUCAGCAGUUCUGAAAGCAAAAAGUGGUCCAACAUGGACGAUCAACAUGUAACUAAUAAAGUGUCCACUGGCAUUAAUGGCAUUAUAUAAUAUGGUAUUUUGUGCACCAAAAACUACAAUACAUGUAUGUAUUUGUUUGAUCUCUGGUUGUUAAGCAUAUAAAUGUCUCUUUUUAAUUCACGGAGCUCUGUUGUUAA